AUGGAUCAGAUUCUCCAGGGAAUUGAGAAAUGUGUAUGUAAGCAGGAUGACAUUUUGGUUGGUGGGAAUGAUUGGCAAGAGAAUUUUAAGAUACUUGCAGACGUUUUGGACAGGUUACACAAGUACAAUUUGCAUUUGAAACUGUCCAAAUGUGAGUUUUUGAAACCUGAAUUGGUCUACUUAGGCCUAAAAAUCAGUGCUGUAGGUCUGCAACCAGUGGAAGACAAAAUCAAUGCACCCACCCCUCGCAAUGUAAGUGAACUGAGAUCUUUCCUAGGCAUGGUGCAAUGCUAUCAUUCUUUCCUGCCAGGGCUAGCCACAAUGCUCGCACCCUUGCAUAAGCUUUUGCAAAAGGGCACGAAGUGGGAGUGGACACACGACUGCCAGAAAGCUUUUGAAACCUGUAAAGAGGGCCUAACUAGUGAUUCAUUGUUAGUCCACUAUGACCUGAAUCGGUUAGCCUGUGAUGCAUCAAGUGAUGGCCUAGGAGCAGUGGUAAGUCAUAUUACGGACGACGGUCAAGAAAGGCCAAUAGCCUAUGCCUCCCGUACUCUAAGCUCGAGCGAGAGAAACUAUGCACAGAUAGAACGCGAAGCUUUGUCCAUUGUGUACGGGGUUAAAAAAUUUCAUCAGUUCCUAUAUGGACGAAAGUUUACACUAGUGACAGAUCACCAGCCCUUGCCAGCAUUGUUAGGCCCAAAAGUAGCCAUUCCCACAAUGGCGGCUGCCCGUAUGCAGCGAUGGGCCAUUGUCCUUUCUGCAUAUGAUUAUCAAAUUGAGUACAGAAGGUCAGAAAAACAUAGUAAUUGAGAUUUAUAGUGUGAGCGCUAUUGAUGAGGACUUCCCAAUAACAGCAAAGGAUAUUGGGAAGGCCACUGUGUUGGACCCAUUGCUUAGUAGAGUACUCCAUUUUGUCAUGACAGGAUGGCCAGAAAAAUGUGAUGAAGAAGAACUAAAACCCUAUCACAUUCGUAGUCAGGAGCUUUCCUGUGAACAAAGCUGUGUUUUUUGGGGCUCUAGAGUGAUUAUUCCCCAAGUGUUUAGAGAGAAAAUGUUAAAAGGAUUGCAC